AUGCGAUGGCCUCCAUGGAGUUUCAAGUCAAGCAACGAUGACCCACAAAACACCGCUUCCGAAAGCCCAUCCUCCCAUCCUACGCCCACACCACGAUCACCCAGCUCUUUUCUCGAUUGGACAGACUUCUUAGAACCCAGAACCAUCAUUCCUACCAUCCUCCUCACAAGCGGUAUCCUAUUCAGCGUUCGCCUGCACCGCAGCUACCUCCGCCGCGUCCCUGACGCACCUAGCAUCUCGCCAGGUUGGCUGCGUCGCCGCACGCUAUUCGGGAAGGUAACCAGCGUUGGCGAUGGAGAUAAUUUCAGGAUUUAUCACACCCCUGGUGGUCGCCUAGCUGGCUGGGGCUGGCUACCGUGGAAGAGGGUACCUACUACUAAAAAGGAGCUGAAGGAUAAAACGAUCCACAUUCGUCUAGCUGGUAUAGACGCCCCCGAACUCGCCCACUUUGGUCGUCCUGAACAACCCUUUGCACGCGAUGCCCACGCCUGGCUUACCUCGUACCUACUUGGCCGCCGCAUACGCGCAUCUAUCUACCGACAGGAUCAAUACAAUCGUGUUGUUGGAAGUGUCUCUGUGCGACGCGCAUUUGAUUUCCCGCCUUUUCGACGCCGGGAUGUCUCUUAUGAGAUGCUGAAACAUGGACUCGCGACUGUUUAUGAGGCAAAAGUUGGGGCCGAAUUUGGAGGUCCGGCGAAUGAGAAGAAGUACCGCAGGGCUGAAUGGUGGGCAAAGAAGAGAUCUAAGGGCCUCUGGAAGGAUUACAAACGAAUUGGGUCUGACUGGGAGAGUCCAAGAGCAUAUAAGACUCGCAUGGGGAUGGGAGAUGUGGAUAACGCAGGUAAAUUGAAGUGA